UCAUAGUGCGGUCGGAUUUCCGGUCAGACUUGUGACGGGAACGACGCCGAUGAGUGUUGCUGCAUGCGACUCAGAUGCAGACGAAUCUACGUCUCCGAUCAGCUGCGAAGUAUUGCCUAAUAUGCGCGUACUCGGGCGGAGACACGUGCGCCCCCUAGAGGCCUUGGCAUUUGCGUGCUUUUUGGCAUUGUUCUCGGUUAGUGUGGUCUGGUACGGGCUGUCACGAGACCAUCGCAUCCGGCCUUCCACGUCACCCAAUGACGUCGCAACACCGGCCACCUGGCGGCAGGGUGACCCCACAACACGCGCCAUCUGGCGGCAGCACGAGGCGCCACAACACGUGCACGCAGACGAUGCUGCGAACACUACAGCGGUGGCGCUGUCGAUGCGAAACGUCGUGUUUCUCAAGAUGGUGAAAUGCGCCAGCAGCAGCGUACAGAACGUUCUCAUGCGCUAUGGCUACGCGCACAACCUCACGUUUGCCCUGCCGCGCACCGGCUGGCACUUUGGCUUCCGUCGGUUCAACCCGAAGCGCGCUCUACGGCCGCCAGGGGGCGUCUUCAACAUGUUCUGCCAUCACGCGCGCUUCGACUACGCUCUCGUCGCGCGCAUGAUGCCGGCAGACUCGGUCUACGUGUCCAUCGUACGGCAGCCGGGCACCAUGUUUGAGUCACUGUACACGUACUUGCAGUACGAGCGCGAGACUGGCGCCACCUACGAGGAGUUCGUGCGCGAGCCGCGGCGCUACUAUCGCGCCGACAGGCAGCAGCGCGUGCUGGCGCGCAACCCGAUGUCGUAUCUGUUCGGACUCGAACCGGAAGACUUCGACCGACCGUCGGCGACGACCGCCUUCCUCGCCGACGUGCGCCGACGCUUCGAUUACGUCAUGAUCUACGAACGCUUCGACGAGUCGCUCGUGCUACUGCGCGCGCUGCUCGGCUGGGCGUGGCGUGACGUCAUCGUUUUCCGCGUCAACAGCAGACGCGCGUCGGCGCGCACGCAAAACGGCGACGAGCUGCGCCGCCUCGCCGAAGCUUGGAACGACGCCGACGCGCGCCUCUACGACGCCUUCCUCGACGACUUUCGCCGACGCGUCGAAGCGUACGGCGCCGACCGCAUGGCGAGUGACGUCACGCGGCUGCGGAGCAUGCGCGAGCGGCGCUACGGGCAGUGCGUGGCGGGGAUGGCGGAGGUGGCGCCGCUGCCGGGACUGUCGUACAGGCUGAGAGCGGGAGCCGAUGCGGGUUGCGGGAGGCUGGUAAGAAGCGAGCCCGCUUUCACCGAGGACAUCAAACAUAAGCUGUGGCCAGAUGUCGAAUUCAUCGACGUUAUCAAACGCUACUACAUGAAGAGCAAUGAAACAACGUAG